AUGGCUGGAAAUCGAGUUUCAGAGUUGGAAGAAACUUUGAAUCAAACUCAAGCUGAACUUGACGAAGUUCAAACUUCGGCCAGAGAUUUCGAAGAAGAACUUUUGAAAGAACUUGAGCAAUCUGAAAAAAUACACAAGGAAUUGAGAAAUAAAAAUGAAACUUUAAAAAAUGAAGUUGAUGAGUGGAAGCAAAAAUAUUAUCAAGCUAAAACCGAAUGUAACGUCACUGCCACUCAAUUGCAAAGGGAGAUUGAUACGUUGCAAAGCUUGAAAGACAAAUUCAUUAUCAAAACAAGAGAGUUAGAACUUGAUAAUGAUGACCUUGAACGAACUGAAAGAGCUGCAAAGAGUUCAUUGCUGGAUCUGGAAAACAAGUACAAUAAAGCUAUUGAACGAAACGCGAUCCUUGAAAACGAACUUGAAGGCAAAAAUCAAUUAAUCGUUCAAGUACAAAGAUUGAAGGAUGAAUUGAGAGAAUUGGCUAUCAUGAAAAAUAGGGAAGAUGGUGAAUAUGGUCCACCACCAACGUCAUCUGCUGCUGCUCGCAUGUUUGCCAAAAACUCACGUUCUACAUUAGGAAAUACAUCCGAUGCAUCAUCGGAUCCAAAUUCGAAUCCCGUCAAGAUGGUACAAGAUAUG